GAUGACGAAGGUGCCUUGGAUGACGAAGGUGGCCAGGAUGAUGAAGGUGCCUUGGAUGACGAAGGUGCCUUGACUGACGUAGGUGCCUUGGGAGACGAAGAUGGCCGGGACGACGAAGUUGUCUUGGAUGAGUUUCUCGUAAGAUAAUGGCAUCUUCUGUUCUGGAACCUUCGAUCAGGAAUUCUCGCAAGAUGUCCUCCGGUGUCGAUGCCGGAAACGAUCAAGAACCCGAGGCCUGGUCCGUCCAAGCAAUCGAGGAUGGUCACAGAAUCGGCAAUGGUUUCCCGGCACCGAUUCGUUCGACGCAGGUUGUGAGCGUCUACGAGGAGAUGGGUUGGAUUGGGUUGGGUGCAUCGUCGAUAAUGCAUAUUGUGUUUGUUAUAUGUUGAGUGUGUUUGUGGCAGGCCAAUCCGGCUUGUUGAAAAGAUUGAAAAGAUAAGAAACAAAUAGUAUAAAUCAUGUUACAUUGG